AUGUUUCAAAAAACUCGGCAGUUCGGGAUUGGCAUUUUAAACUGUUGCACCGCAAGAGCACCACACAACAGAGCUGAAUUCCAGUUUUCCAGGGUAAAUGAUAAAGGAACAGUAGUAGAUACAAGGAUGGCUACUAGUGCAGAGGAAACUAAACUAGCUGCUGGAAAAAGUUCGAGGCCAGUAUGUGAUGGAAGCCAGCAUUCUUUAGAAGCAAAAAUGAAACACAUAAAUCUGUCAUUUGCAGCAUGUGGGUUUCUGGGUAUUUACCACUUGGGGGCAGCAGCUGCUUUUUGCAGGCAUGGUAAGAAGUUACUGAAAGUUGUGAAAGCUUUUGCGGGAGCUUCUGCGGGAUCGCUGGCUGCUGCUGUCUUAUUAGCAGUACCAGAAAAUAUAGAGAAAUGUAAGCAGUUUGCCUAUGGAUUUGCAGAGGAAGUUAGAAAAUUGGACUUUGGUGCUGUAACGCCUGGUUAUGAUUUUAUGAAAACACUUAGGGACGGCAUAGACUCUAUUCUUCCUUCUGAUGCUCAUGAGAUAGCUGAGAACCGUCUCUAUGUGUCAGUCACUAACAGCAAAAAUGGGGAAAAUCACUUGGUUUCAAGUUUUGCCUCCAGGGAGGAGCUCAUUAAGGUCCUGCUAGCAAGUAGUUUUAUACCAGUAUAUGCAGGGAUUAAGCCCGUGGAAUAUAAAGGAGAGAAGUGGGUUGAUGGCGGUCUCACCAAUGGCCUUCCUAUCUUGCCUGUUGGAAGAACUGUUACAGUUUCUCCUUUCAGCGGUCGAUUAGACAUCUGUCCACAAGAUAAAGGACGUGUGGACCUUUAUGUUAAAUUUGCAAAACAAGACCUAAUGCUGUCUCUGGCCAAUCUGGUAAGACUUAAUCAAGCUUUGUUCCCACCAAGCCAGGAGAAAAUGGAAUCAUUGUACCAAAAUGGAUUUGAUGAUACUGUACGUUUUUUACUGAAAGAAAACUGGUUUGAAUAG